AUGUCGCAAAGCCACGCCCUCUCCGAUGACCAGGUCGCGGGCGAGCUCCGCAAGAUGACGGCCUUCAUCCGGCAAGAAGCGCUGGAGAAGGCCCGUGAAAUCCAGCUCAAGGCCGACGAGGAAUUCGCGAUCGAAAAGUCCAAGCUUGUUCGCCAGGAGACCGCCGCCAUCGACUCGCUCUACGAGAAGAAGUUCAAGCAGGCUGCCAUGUCCCAACAGAUUACCCGCUCCACCCUUGCGAACCGCACCCGUCUUCGUGUGCUCUCUGCCCGCCAGGAACUUCUUAACGACCUCUUCCAACAAGCCCGAGACAAGAUUUCCGAGGUUGCGUCCAAAGAUGAGAAGAGCUACCAGAAUGUGCUCAAGGGGCUGGUCCUCGAGGGCAUGUACGCUCUGAAUGAGGAUAAGGUCGCUAUCCAGGCGAGAAAGAAGGAUCUCGAUGCCGCUAAAAAUGCGAUCGAGGAGGCGCAAAAGGAAUUCAAGGACAAAGUUGGCAGGGACGCAACAGCGGAGCUGGAUGAGGCUGAUCCGCUGCCUGAGGGAUCUGCCGGCGGUGUGGUCAUUAUCGGUGGCCAGGGUAAGAUCGAGAUCAACAACACUUUCGAGGAACGUCUCCGGCUGCUCGAGAUCGACGCCUUGCCCGCGGUCAGGGAAACGCUAUUCGGAAAGAACGUAAACCGGAAGUUCUACGAUUAG